AUGGCAAGCAGCGCACAGCAAUAUGAAGCGGAUGGCGACGCGGUGAUGCAUUCGGCGCACCAACCAGUUUUCGACAAGCACGUGACCAGUACGAAGAGACCAUCCGACAGCGUUGCAGUUGACGACGUUAGUAAUGAGGAGAUCCUCAUACUGAUCAACCAACGUAUCGGCACCGUGAAGAAUGAGCAAAUACCUGAUCUUGACGAGCUCUUCAAGAGGAAGUUGAAGAUCAACCUCGCCGAGGAUGAUAUUGACGCUCGGGUGCUGAAGUAUUAUCGAGAUUUCGCCACCAUUAUAGAGAAUAAUGGGCUGGAGAAGAUUCUCGGUGUCGGAAACCCUGAAGCACAGGGGUUUGCCGACCGCAUGAAAAUGCGCUGCAGUAUUUUGAUCGACAACCUCGAACCGAGAAUGGUCCGUGACGAUGUUAGACGUCACUGCAAGUACGCAUGUAGAGAGGCCAAGAAAACGAUUUCAUGCUCUUCAAUAUCAUUAAGGAGAAGGCAAGGGCACAGCACAAGUAUCAUUUGCUGGCGAUGGAGCAGAAGGUAA